AUGGCGGAGAAGUUCUCAAAAUUCCGCGACCCAGGAACAGGCAUUCAAGUGUUCCUCACACCCGUUGCCGCUUCUACCUCGUCUUGUUCCUCCCUCUCACCCUCUUCGUUGGGACCGGUCGGCUUGAUCCUCAUUCCGAUCUUUGUCCUUCUCGGCCUUGUUCGUGCUCUGAUUGGCGGGCUGUUUUGGGCCUUGUAUCUGGUCAGUGGCAGUGCAGGCCUACUGAGGGUAGUAUUGUGGACAUUCGGAUUCAUCAGUUUGCCUGUCCACACCCUUUCUCUGGGGGCCAGUGGAAGAAAGACAAAAAGUGCAGUGGCAGGACAAAGCUCAGUGGUGGCAGUAAAGAAAGGCGAUCUCGUUCUGGCAAAUCAUUCCUCUUGGAUCGAUCUUCUUAUUCUAUCCUACCUGCACCCUGGAGUCAAGUUCGUAGUGCCAGUCAUUGCGGAUAGCGAUCGACAACAAGCUCAACCAGCAAAACAGGCAGGGCAAGCAUCGAGGAGAACUGCCAAAAAGAAUUCCAUGUCUCCAAAUACCCGCAUGGUCGCUCCUACCUCUCCCUUAACUCUCUCUUCAGCGACUGUCGAGAUUGCUAUUCUCGGAUACGCAGUGCUGCCCCUCACCUCAGCAAUCUCGUUCGUGGGCCACUUACCCCCAUCGACAUGCCAAAUCUCCAGCACUAUUCAUCCGGAUCUCGAGAGCGCACUCAAGUCUUCUUCGACCGCCUUGGUGGUGUUUCCGGAGGUAGUAACAAGUAACAACCGCGCCCUCCUAACCUGCUCCCUGCCCAGCACAUCGCCUCCAUCUGCAAAAACUUGCGUCGUAACAACAAUCAAAUACAGCCCUGCAAGCUCGACAUCAACCACCUCGGUCUACUCGGUUCCCACCUGGAAACUCUCUCACCUCUUUAACAUGCUCUUGCUAUCCUCGCCCUAUCGCAGCGUUGCGGUGCGACAAGCAGUGUUGCCCAGGCAGAGCGCCGAGGACUGGAGCGAACAAGUGGCUGGGAUCAUGUCGACCAUCGCUAGACUCAAACGAACCGGUUUGGGUUGGGGCAGCAAGAAGGAGUUCCUUUCGAUCGCCAACGCACAAAGUAAGAGCUUAUAG